GCUCUAGGCUUCUCUCGGGCCUCUCUUCAUGAUAGCGCGGAGCCUCUCUAGCCUCGCCCGCCGCCCUCUCGGUGGUAGCGCGGGGAAGAGCUGAAAAGCCGGCGGCCCGAACCGCGCUGCGAGGCUGCGAGUGCGGCCCGAACCACCCUCCCGGCGGAGGAGUGCCGACGCUAAGGGAGAUCAGCAUAUAACCUACUGGAGAAAGAUCUCUAGACAAAAAUCCAAAAAAGAAUGAUGGAUCCGUGUUCGGUGGGAGUCCAGCUUCGUACCACAAAUGAGUGCCAUAAAACCUACUAUACUCGUCACACAGGUUUCAAGACUUUGCAAGAAUUGUCAUCAAAUGACAUGCUUUUACUUCAACUUAGAACUGGAAUGACACUUUCUGGAAACAAUACAAUUUGCUUCCAUCAUGCAAAAAUUUACAUUGACAGAUUUGAGGAUUUGCAGAAGUCAUGUUGUGACCCAUUUAACAUACACAAAAAACUAGCCAAAAAAAAUUUGCAUGUAAUUGACUUAGAUGAUGCCACUUUUCUGAGUGCAAAAUUUGGAAGACAGCUUGUACCUGGUUGGAAGCUUUGUCCAAAAUGUACACAGAUAAUCAAUGGAAGUGUGGAUGUUGAUUCUGAAGACCGGCAGAGAAGAAAAGCUGAUUCAGAUGGAAGAACUGCUAAAGCUUUGAGGUCAUUACAAUUUGCAAACCCAGGAAAGCAAACUGAAUUUGCUCCAGAAACUGGUAAAAGAGAAAAAAGAAGGCUUACAAAAAAUGCGCCUGCUGGUUCAGACAGACAAGUGAUCCCAGCAAAGAGUAAGGUCUAUGAUAGCCAGGGCCUCCUGAUUUUCAGUGGAAUGGACCUCUGUGACUGCCUGGAUGAAGACUGCUUAGGGUGUUUCUAUGCUUGUCCUGCCUGUGGUUCUACCAAAUGUGGAGCCGAAUGCCGCUGUGACCGCAAGUGGCUGUAUGAGCAAAUUGAAAUUGAAGGAGGAGAAAUAAUUCACAACAAACAUGCUGGAUAAUUUGUGGUAUCAAAUUAUAGGAUCUUUAAAGGUCUAUUCUCUAGUUCUAGAAUUCUGUCAUUUUUAAGAUGCAUUUUAAAGUUGAUUGCCAAAUGACAAAAAUUUGAAAACCAUCUCAGCAUACACUCAGCAUGCACUGAACAGUUGCUUUCAAGGUGCUUUAAGAUUCAUUAUUCGAUGUAAAUUUAGAUAGACUGUUUAUUACUCAGCAGUCAGCUUUAAGCCCGUCUGGGUCAGUAUAAAUAAGCAGGGUGUAGGGAGUCCUCCAUUAGCACAAUUCACAAUUCCCAUGUCCACAAAUUUCAAUGACAAUGAAUUAGUUAAAUAAACCAGUCCCCUAACAACACAGUUCAAAUUUCAGUUGCCAUAGUAUGUUAACUGAGUAGUUUCGUAAAGUACACACUUCCCUGCUAGCUCUUAAGUCCACAGAUCACCAUGUGAGUAACGUGCUUCGUGAUCAGUAACCAGUCACGUUACUUCUCUCGGAUUCUGCUCAUGACUAGUGACUGCACAUCUGUUACUCAGUUCCCUCACAGACAGCAAAGCCCUUAGUUGUGUUGUCUCCUUGUCCCCCCCGUGGCGUUUUUGACCAAAUGGAUAGAAGAAUUGGCCAGCAAAGAUGAAAGUGCAGUGAAGAAAUGAAAGUGCUGAUGCUAGAAGUGAGAUCUGAACUGAACGCAGUUGAAGUAGUGGAAAGAUCACUGAUCACAGGCAUGCUAACCCUGCUGCUUUUCUGGAGCCUCUAAGUAGGCAGCUGGGGGAACUUAGAGAAGGCAGACUUACCGUAAACGAGGAAGAAUGUGAUGAAAAGGCUGAACGUGCCCCAGAGAAGGUGACAGUAACAAAUCCCACAUAAAAGGAAAUUACAGAGCUACUUCAACAUUGAAAGCACAAAUAAUAAAAUGGGGGAAGCUAAUCUAAACUUAAAGGAGUAUGACAGAUUGCAAUGGUAUAGGAAAAAUGCUUGCCUGUUAUCAUGAGUUACUUAACAAAAAGGCGCAAGUCCUGUCAAAGUACUCUUGAUUAGUUUUUUAACAAUGAAAUAACUGUCUAAUGUUUUAAAUUACAGUGUACUAAGUACUUUUGUUUUUACAACUUUUUAAUUUUCUUUUACAUUUAUAACUGACAGUUUUUAAUAUAUUGACAGAUUUUUCAAGGUCACAGAACAAUAAUAAUUAUUUUCCCCAUUAAUUUAGAUUGCUUUGAAUGGUCCCACACUACUGUCCAUGCAAGGCAAGGACUGCCUACAGGUGAGGACAGUGCCCACUUUAGGAAAAAUUAAUCAACACUAUAAACCUUUCAUUGUUUAGACCUUGCAUUCUUGGUGGAAAUUUGUUUUUGGUGGCAAAAAUCUUAUUCUGUGUAUAAGGAGACAUAUAUCUUUUAAGUUUAAUAAGAUGUUGACUAGGAGUAAAAGGACUAAAAACAGCUCCUUAAUGAAGUAAUAUGAAGAAAGGUGGAGAAACACUGGUUGAGACAGAGUAUAAACUAUCUGGAAAUGAAUUCUUGAUGUUGGUAUUUGUGUGAGUACCCUUUGAAGGAUGAGGGUGAAUGAUAACUUUCGCUGCUCUUUUCUUUUUUUUUUAAAGACAGCUACCUGCCAGUCUGUCUAAAAUCUUUUUAUCAUCUAGGGACAUGGCCCCUAAACUAGGAUUUUGUUUUGUUUUCCCUAAAUAUAGUACUUUAGUUUAAUCACAUGAGCUUUUAGCAAUUUGAAAUACUUUCCAGUUUGAUUGAAUUAACCAAUAGAGGUUUAUUUGUACUCCUGUAUACUUUUGGUAUCUGUUUAAAAUGACUGGUUUUACUUUGAUGGAAUGCCAUCUUCAGCCAUGGAAUUAAAUGUCAUUUUUAAGUUAUAA